AUGAACCCAGUUAUAUACUUUGGUUUCUCCAACGAGCUGACCCGAGAAAACAUAUAUUCCUUAACUUAUCAACACUUGACUCGUUUUGUAUAUGAAGAGUUUCGUGAAACCCUUGCGUCUGCAAAUCGCAAGCAAAUUCUUCUCCGUAUCUACAAGGCUAAUAGAGGUGUCAUUUGGGCUCAGUUCAUCUUUUCAGUUUCUGCUAUGUUAGUAAGCUACAUGAAUCCUUACUUCCAGCAAAAGUUACUCGAGUACAUUGCCGAUCCCCAAGGACGCUCUAUCAAUAUCGCAUACGCCUACGUAUUCGGAAUGGCCGUGGUCGGAAUAAUUAAAUUGGUGUGCAGUGGCAUUCAAUUAUGGGCAGGUAGACGCUGGAAUGUUCGUACAUACGCUAUGUUGGAUGCAGAAAUCUAUGCGAAAACCUUAAAGCGCAAGGAUAUGACCGGAAACAUCGGAAAAGAAAAGGUUGAAGGCAAAGACAACAAUGACAGCAGUGACAAGGAUGAUGACAAGAAGCCUUUCAGUAACACUGGAAAAAUUACCAACCUAAUGAGCAUUGAUGCUGAUCGUUUGGCGGAUACAUCAAGCUAUAUUUUUACACUCUACAAUGCUCCAUUAGAAGUAGCUGUAGCUAUGUUUUAUCUUUACCAACUCCUUGGGUUUGCAGCGCUCGUUGGUUUUGGUAUCAUGAUAAUAUUUUUCCCAUUGACUGCAUAUAUCGCCAAAUAUAUGACCAAGGCCUAUAAGGACUUUACGAUAGCCAAAGAUAAACGAAACGACUUGGUUAACGAGUUGCUGCAGGGUAUUCGCAUGGUCAAAUAUUUUGCCUGGGAAAGCAAUUGGGAAGAGAAGGUCAUGGCAGCACGUCGCUUCGAAAUCAAGAAACUUGUCCGCACUGUUGUUAUCCAAGUCUUAUUUUCCGUUACUUAUCUUACUGUUCCAGUCUUAGUAUCAUGCUCUUCAUUUAUUUGGUACACAAAGGUAGCUGGAAAUGAGUUGACCGCAAGUGUAGCAUUCGUUAGUAUCACCUUGUUUGAGAUGCUCCGUAAUCCCUUGGUCUUGAUCCCCGAGUCAAUUACUACCUUGACCGAGUGUUACGUCUGUCUAAAGCGUAUUGCAUCAUAUAUGGACGAAGCCGAAGUCGGUGAUGGUAUCAUUAAUGAGACUAUUCCAGUCCCAGAAGGUGUUUUGCCAGAAACCAUUCUUGCCCGUGUUGGUACCGAAGAAUCCGUUUUCCGCUGGCAUUCUGGCGAGCCCGAGGCCAAGGAUGCUGUUGCCGCUGAAGUAGAUCCAAAUGAACACCCUGUUUUCGCACUUACGCUUCCCGCUUUUGAGUUUCCUACCUCUGAACUUAGCAUUGUCUGUGGUUCUACCGGAAGUGGAAAGUCUAGUUUCUUACACGCUCUUUUGGGAGAAAUGGAUAUUGUUUCUGGACGUGUCUACUUGCCAUCCAAGACCAAACUGGCUCUUGACACAUACUCUGUCAUUGAUCCCCAACACCCCUCUCUCAUCCUAAACAAGGUUGCUUACGUAGCCCAGCAAGCCUUUUUACAACAUGCCUCUAUCCGUGACAAUAUUUUGUUCGGCCAAGAAUUUGAUUCAGUUCGCUACAAGAAGGUGCUUUCCCAGUGUGCCCUUGUCAAGGAUUUGUCUAUCUUACCCGAUGGUGACCGUACGGAAAUUGGUGAAAAGGGUAUUUCUUUGUCUGGCGGUCAGAAACAACGUGUUGCUUUAGCCCGUGCUGUUUAUUCGCAUGCAAAAACCCUGCUUUUGGAUGACUGUCUUAGUGCAGUCGAUUCGCACACUGCAAAGCAUAUCUACCAGCGCUGUUUCAAUGGCGACCUUAUCAAGGGACGAACAGUAGUUUUAGUGACACAUCACGUACGUCUUUGUUUGCCAACUGCAAAGUUCGUCGUCAAGCUAGAUCGCGGUGCUGUAUCUGGCUAUGGAUUUGUCGAUUACCUGAGAGAAAAUGGCUCCCUGAAAACUCUUCUUGGUGACGAGAUUGAUGACCAGAAUGAUGACAACGAGGAGAAUCUUAUCGAGACUAUUGAUGAGCAUUUUGAGUUAAUUGAUGAUAAAGCUAUUAUUAACAAGAUGGUAAAAGACGAAAAAACCGAGAAGGGGCAGGUAAAAGGCAAGGUGUACCUGACAUACUUCUAUGCUUGUGGUGGCUGGCUCUUCUGGAUUACUCUUCUUUCGUGUUAUUUUGUCAAUCGCGGAUUUGUGCUUGGAGAGAAUUGGUGGUUGAGAAUUUGGGUCGCUAAUAGUGGAAAUGCUGAAGACAGUACCGGACUCUUUACGACUACUGUUGUUCCGUAUACUCGCGAUGCCUUGAUGUAUAUUGAGCAAACUACCAGAAAGCAGAAUAUGUUCCAACAAUGGGUGUACGAAGACAAGCAGCCCAGAGACGUUGAUUACUACAUCCUUGUGUACAUGGUCAUUUGUUUCGCAGGCAUAGUUUUUGACACACUUCACACAGCAUUACUUUUCUGGGGUACUGUGCGCGGUGCAAGCAUCCUAUUCAGCAAAUUGAUCCAUAGAGUUAUUCAUGCUCCUAUGCGUUUCUUUGAUACUACUCCAAUCGGAAGAAUUCUCAACCGCUUUGGAAAGGAUGUGAUGACAAUUGAUAUGAUUUUAGCGCGUACAAUGACCCACUUGAUUGAUUGCAUCACAGGCUUAAUAGUUUCUCUUAUUGUUGUUGGCGCUAUCACACCUCAAUUUUUUAUCUUUGCCGUUAUUAUUAGUGCAGCCUAUUGCGCAGUUGGUGUCCUCUACAUGCGUGUAUCACGUCAGUUCAAGCGUCUCAACUCUGUCAGCAGAUCACCGAUUUACUCUCAUUUUACCGAAACUCUCAAUGGUGUCAUCACUAUUCGCGCUUACUGCCAAGAAGAUGCCUUUCAACUCGCGCUGAACAAAAAGAUUGAUGAUUUUAUCUCUCCAUACUAUUAUUUGUGGAUGAGUAACCGCUGGUUAUAUGCUCGGGUUGAAUUUGCUGGAGCAUUUGUUAUUUUGUUUGCCGGUGUUUUCAUCGUUUUAAACCUUGAUACUAUUGAUGCUGGUAUGGCCGGUAUCUCGCUUUUCUAUGCCCGUUCAUUCUUGGAUAACAUGUAUUGGAUCAUUCGUCAGUACACUCAAGUUGAAAUGGACCUGAACUCAGUUGAACGUAUUCAAGAAUAUCUCGAGAUUGAACAAGAGCCUCCUGCGUCUAUACAGGGAAGCCGCCCCCCUGCUGCCUGGCCUACCACUGCAUCUGUUGAAGUAAAAGAUCUUGUGAUUAGAUAUGCAGAAGAUCUUGAUCCUGUACUUCAUGGAAUCUCUUUUGACAUUCGAUCGCAUGAAAAAGUGGGUGUGGUUGGACGCACCGGAUCAGGAAAGAGUACCCUUGCACUUAGUUUCUUCCGUUUCCUCGAACCAAGCAGUGGCAAUAUCACUCUCGAUGGAAUUGACAUUACUCAAAUUGGUGUACAUGAUCUUCGUUCCAAGCUUACCAUCAUUCCCCAGGAUGCUGUUUUGUUCUCUGGAACUAUCCGCUCUAACCUGGAUCCCUUUGAAGAAUACACAGACAGUGCAGUCUGGGAAUCUCUCGUCCGUGCCCACCUUGCUCCUGAAAAUCGUGAUGAGGAAGUCCCCGAAGGAAAUGCUACUUGGGCUGUCACUAGCCUCGAACAGACCGUGAGUGACGGUGGCAACAACUUCUCUCAAGGUCAACGUCAGCUGCUCUGUAUGGCUCGUGCAUUGCUUAAGAACAGCAGACUUAUUAUCAUGGAUGAAGCUACGGCUAGUGUUGAUUUCGAGACUGACAAGAAGAUUCAAAACACAAUUCGCGAGGAGUUUGUUAGCUCGACUUUGAUCUGUAUUGCUCAUCGUUUGAGAACUAUUAUGGAUUAUGACAGAGUUUUGGUGCUUGAUCAGGGCAAGGUGGUUGAAUAUGACACUCCUGCAAAUCUAUUGAUCCAUGAUGCUGGCACCGGUUUAUUCAAGUCAAUGUGCGAGAAGUCCGGUGAACUCGAUGUCUUGACUGAAAUGGCUAACAACGCUGAAGAAUUAAGUAAUUCAAGCAAGGUGUUUGAACAAGCUGAUCAUCACACAACAAACCGCCAAGAUUAA